AUGGCAUCAUACUUAACCGGCAGCGAGGCCUUCACUCGCGAGAAGCUCCCAACGGAAACCUCAGAUGCAGGCCCUCAAUCCGCCUGGGCAGACAAAUACCGCGGGGCAACAAUUGAAGACCUCGACCCCCCACCCGCGCUCUCCAUCUCCUCCCAAGACCCAAUUGCCACCGCCUUAAUGGCCGCCUAUGAACGCGACUACACUCACCUCACAGUCAUCUCCCCCACCAAGCGCUCCCUCCUCGGCUACCUCAGCAUCCCCCGCCUACGGGAGCUCCUCGCUUCCGGCGCCGUGAAAGAGUCGGACCCGGUCUCCGAGGCGAUGCAGCGUUUCAACCGCAAGCGCGGUAUCUACCACAUUAUCACUAUGGAGACACCUCUUGAGGAGUUGGAGCAAUUCUUCGAGAGCGAGACUGGACCUAAUGGCGACAAGCGGGAGAAGCAGCAGUUCGCUGUUGUUACCGAUGUUGCGCGCAAGUUUGUUCUUGGUGUUGCUACCAAGGCUGAUCUUGAGGAGUUUGUUAAGCGCAGGCCUACCUAA